GAGAGAGAGAGAGCGAGAGAGAGAGAGAGAGAGAGAGAGAGAGAGAGCAAGAGAGAAAGAGAAAUGGCGCCUCAGUACUCCACUCGCUGAGACAGUGUAAGAAGCGGAGAGAUAUAACUGACAAGAGCCGCAGCGAGGGGAAACCAUGGUCAACACCCGAAAGAGCUCCCAGCACGAGAGCUGCGGCCUCUUCAUCUCGUCCCGGACCCGAUCUUCCGUCAAGAGCAGCCCCGCAGACGAGCCGCUCCAUAAGGACCCUGGCAGUGACGUGAGCUCCAGCAGUGCCAGACUCUCGCCUCCGUCGAAGCGCACGCGCUGCCGCACCACGCCCAGCUCCAGCGACACCUCGCCCGGCCCGCAGGUCAAAGGUCAGAGGGUCACCUGGAAUAUCCCCUCACAGCACAGCAGGUUAUCCACCGAGACCCUGCAGAAUGGACACGGAAGCAUCUCCCGUAAGAGCCAGAGGGGUGAGGACAGUGCGGAUGCCCGGAUGAACGGACACGUUGAGCUCAAGCGCAGCUGCCGAUCCAGGAAGAGCCGAUUCGAGCACCUCAACCAGAGCCGGCUAUUCGACCAGCUGGUCAACAGCACAGCGGAGGCAGUGUUGCAGGAGAUGGAUAAUAUCAGCAGUAUUCGGCAGAACCGGGAGGUGGAACGUCUGCGCAUGUGGACCGACACAGAGCUGGAGAACAUGGACAUGUACUCUCGGGUGAAGCGGCGGAGGAAGUCUCUGAGGCGGAACGCGUACGGAAUGCAGACACAUCACAAGGUGCUGAGCAAGGGAGAGGAAGAGGAAGAGGAGGGCACAGAAGAGUCUCAUGAGGAGGAGGAAGAGGAUGAUGAUGAUGAGGUGGAGGAUGAUGAGGAUGAUGAAGAUGAUGAAGGGGACGAGGCAGAGGAGGCGGGGGAGGAGAACGACAGGCCUUACAACCUGCGGCAGCGCAAGACCGUGCAGCGCUACGAAGCCCCGCCCAUCGAGCCAGUGAGCAGGAAGCAGAGUAAGGACGCGUUGUUCGCCCCCCACAGAUCCCCUGCACGCCGGAGCCACAUCAGGGUAAAGAAACAUGCCAUCCACAGCAGCGAUACGACAUCCUCCUCUGAUGAGGAGCGCUUUGAGCGACGGAAGAGCAAGAGCAUGACCCGCGCACGGAACCGGUGUUUACCCAUGAACCUGCGUGCGGAGGACCUGGCGGGUGGGGUUCUGAGGGACCGGGUGAAGGUGGGGGCCAGCCUGGCGGACGUGGACCCCAUGAACCUCGACACCUCAGUGCGGUUCGACAACGUUGGGGGACUGGGUCCCCACAUACAGGCCCUGAAGGAGAUGGUGGUGUUUCCUCUGCUGUACCCAGAGGUCUUUGAGAAGUUUAAAAUACAGCCCCCAAGAGGCUGCCUGUUCUACGGACCUCCAGGUACAGGAAAGACUCUGGUUGCUCGGGCGCUGGCUAAUGAGUGUAGCCAAGGUGACCGCAAGGUGUCCUUCUUCAUGCGGAAAGGGGCAGACUGUCUCAGCAAGUGGGUCGGCGAAUCAGAGCGCCAGCUCCGCCUCCUCUUCGAUCAGGCGUACCUGAUGAGGCCGUCGAUAAUCUUCUUUGAUGAGAUUGAUGGCCUGGCACCUGUGCGCUCCAGUAGGCAGGAUCAGAUCCACAGCUCCAUCGUCUCCACGCUCCUGGCUCUGAUGGAUGGGCUGGACAGUCGUGGAGAGAUCGUGGUCAUCGGGGCGACCAACAGAAUAGACUCUAUUGACCCCGCCCUCCGGCGGCCCGGUCGCUUCGACAGGGAGUUCCUCUUCAACCUGCCUGACAAGAAGGCCAGAAGGCACAUCCUGCAGAUCCACACACGCGAGUGGACCCCGCCUCUGGCCCCGCCCUUCUUGGGGGAGCUGGCGGAGAAAUGCGUGGGUUACUGCGGGGCGGACAUUAAGGCUCUGUGCACGGAGGCGGCGUUGAUGGCGUUGAGGAGGCGUUAUCCGCAGAUCUACGGCAGCAGCCAGAAACUGCGGCUGGACGUGGAGUCCAUCGUCCUCGGCCGCCAGGACUUCCAGCGCGCCAUGCGGCGCAUCAUCCCCGCAUCCCAGCGUGCACUGCUCUCCCCCGGCCACGCCCUCGCCCCUGAGCUCCGCCCCCUGCUGCAGCGCAUGCUGACCGACCUGCAGGAUCGCCUCCUGAGGGUGUUCCCCCACGCAGAGCUGCCACACGACGAUCAGCUUUUGGAAGACCUGCUCUGCAGUGAUGACGAGGAUAACUCCGCCCCCUCCAUCUACGAUCUUGUCCAAUCAGGGUCUCCGAAGAAACAGGCCUCCGACACUGCAAGCAAACCCUUUCUCCAUUUCACACUCGCGGCGUGCCGCCAGCCCUCAGCGUUCCGGCCGCGGCUGCUCCUGGCGGGGGAGGCGGGGUCAGGGCAGAGCACUCACCUGGGCCCCGCCCUGCUGCACCACCUGGAGAAGUUACCUGUGCACCGGCUGGACCUGCCCACCCUCUACUCCAUCAGCGCCAAGACCCCCGAGGAGUCAUGCGCACAGGUGUUUCGUGAGGCUCGGAGGGCAGUGCCCAGUGUGGUGUACCUGCCGCACCUCAGCGAGUGGUGGGAGGCUGUCAGUGACACGCUGAAGAGCACCUUCCUCACCUUACUGCAGGAUCUGCCCCCCUUCUGCCCCAUUCUCAUCCUCGCCACCUCCGACACACCCUACCUGCAGCUGCCCGAGGAGGUAAGGGGCAUCUUCAGGAGUAGGUACGAUGAGGUGGUGAAUCUGCGGAGACCGGAGGAAGAGGAUCGGAGGAGGUUCUUCAGAGAGCUCCUAUUGGUGGAGGCAAUCAGAGCUCCGCCCACCUGCAGCAGAGCAGGUGGGCGGGUCCUGGAGGCGCUGCUCCCUGUGGAGGAGGAGCCCCGCAGGCUGUCGGAGGAGGAGCAGCGGCGGCUGGAGGAGGGGGAGGAGUCUACGCUGCGUGAGCUCCGCCUCUUUCUCAGGGACGUCACCAAGAGGCUCGCCACCGACAAGCGCUUCAGCCUCUUCAGCAAGCCCGUCGACAUCGAGGAGGUGUCGGAUUACCUGGAGGUGAUCAGGCAGCCCAUGGAUCUGUCCACCAUGAUGGGCCGGAUCGACGCCCACAGGUACCUCACCGUGAAGGACUUCCUCUCCGACAUCGACCUCAUCUGCAGCAACGCCCUGGAGUACAACCCAGAUAAAGACCCUGGAGAUAAGAUUAUUCGACAUCGCGCCUGCAGCCUGAAGGACACUGCUCAUGCCAUGUUUGCCUCUGAGAUGGACGUAGAGUUCAGCCGCAUGUGUGAGGAGAUCCAGGAGGCGCGGAGGAAGAGAGAUGUGUUGGAGGCGGAACCACAGCAGGCCCCGCCCCCAGGUGCUCCGGCCCCCGCCAGAGUGGCGGGAGAGGAGCAUGCUGGGAAUGUUCAGGGGGAGGGGCCAGAGCCCCCGGCCAGCAAGAGCCCCAAUCACAUGAAGCGGAAGGCGCGGCGGCGGCCGUCCUGGGGGCGGGGCAUCAUCCGCAAGAAGAAGAGCUACAAGAAGGAGGAGGAGCUAGAGGAGGAGGCGGGGCCUGAGGAGGCCGCCGCCCCCAGCGAUGCCGGCCUAACACAGGAUGAAGACUCGUCAUGUGAUGCGCUGGACCCACCCCCUCCCGCCCAGAAUGGUCACGCCCCUCUCUCCACCGAGGAGGAGAGCUCUAACGAGCCCCCUGGUCCCGCCCCCACGCCUGGCCCCGCCUCGGCCAAGCUGGAAGCCCCGCCCCCUUGGCCGCAGGCGAACGGAGACGUGUCGCUCGACAGCCUGGAGGGGGAGGAGCCAGGCCCUGACCCCACACCCCCCACACACACGGGCGGGGCCCCAGAGGGGCGUGGCAGGGAGCUACGGCCGGGGGAGGCGAGCGACAAAGAAGGUUUGUGUGGAGUGGAGAGGAGGUCUCUCUCUGAGCCGACGCCCGCAGUGCUGCAGGGGGAGGGGACUGAGGACCCCCCAGUGCCCCCUCUAGUGGUGGAUCACCAGCGCUUGCAGGGUCUGCUGGAGCAGGUGGUUGGGCGGACAGAGCUGUACUCAGUAGAGCAGCUGGAGAGACUCUUCUCCCUGCUCAGCCAGGUCAUCUACCAGCACCGCCGUGACUACGACAAGACCCGCAUGAUCGAGGAAAUGGAGCGCACAGUGCGGCGUUUGGAUACAUUCCUGUGAGGAGACAUGAGCCAAUCAAGUUGCCCCUGAAACAGACUCUCAGUUUAGACGGGAGCUUAGUCCUGCCAGCCAUACCCCCCCACACCCCCCCUCCCCCUGCCCCCAGGCCAGGCGUGAAGCCUUGGCUCUUACUGAAAAGGAGAAAAACAACCAGACUUUAAAUGGUGAAUUUUGGUGCUAUUUUCUCAGGUACCUGGACAGAACUAGUCUACAGAACCAAACACAAUACUAAUGCUAGGUUUAUUUUUUUGUCAUUGAAAUACACAUGCUAAUGCUGUUCCUGGUGCUAACACAUAUCCAUCUGCUGCUCUUGGUUUCCUUCUGAAAUUUGAAAAUCUUUUGGUCCCACACAGGUGCGUACACACACAGGCACACACACGAUUUCUCGCACACACACACACACAGUGUUACACAGCAGUGUGAGCGCAGAGGGAGGGGCGCUAUAAUGUCAGCGUAGUCCAAGCUAACGCUGAAGCAGUCUGUAACUCACUCAAGGGCUCCAGACUCCUUUUGCCAAAAUAUAAUCAUUGUGAAGGAUUUGUCAAAAGCUAAAUUUUGACUUUUGUUUCUUGAUGAAAAGGUUCUCUCUGAUAGUACUGGUGCUCUUUGGUUUUUUUCUGCUUCUAAAACGAGAUUUGAAUCUCAAAACAAUUCUUAGAAAAGCAUAAAACAACUGCCAGCGAUAUGAUGCAAACCAAAUAUGAGCUGGAUCCUGACCUUUGACUUCUCAGAACCUCAAGGAAAAUAACGGUGACUUGUUUAGUACCUGCAGUCUCAGUUUUCACGGUGUGAUUUAGUUUUAUUGUUUGAUUAUAUUUUGUUUUCAGUGCAGCGUAAGCUGCGCGCUCUAGUUUCUCAAACCCGCCGGUAUCUGGAGCUGUGCUGUGUGGCCUGUGCCUUACUGUGACC